AGUUACUUCCUGGCUUUCUUUGGCUCCUUCUCAAGCUCCAUUUUUUUCUGAAUCCAGUGCGUCCUGCUGGCGAAAAGCUAAAAUUCGACUCAUUCCCUAUUUUUCGAGCCUAAAUUUGGGGGUUUUGAUGCAUUUUGGCUCAUUUUGGCUUUAUUUUGAGUAAAAAUUUCAUCUUGCUUAUUGUUUAGGUUUGAGAGGAUGUCGAUCUGGUUCUGAUUGGAGUCGAGGAGUACGAUUUAGGGUUUCUUUCAGGCGCUGUUUGAGAGGGCGAGUGCGGCGAUGGGAGGUGAAGAGGAUUCCGCCGCCGGGCCGCUCCCCGGUGGCCGGAGAACUUUCUGGAGAUCGGCGUCGUGGUCUGCUUCCCGGACCUCCGCCCUGGACCACCCCAGGGAUUGUGCCUCCGAGGAGAAGAGCGCGAGCAAUGGACAGUUCAAGCACCGCAUGGUACCUCCUCUUACCCCUAGAUCCCAGACCCAGAAGGCUAGGUCUUGCCUCCCGCCUCUCCAGCCGCUCGCGAUCUCCCGCCGGAGCUUGGGUGAGUGGCCGAAGGCGGGCUCUGACGACAUCGGAGAGUGGCCACACCCCCCGACCCCAGGUGCAAAGCCUGACGCCCUAAAGCUGGGUGAUAGCUUAAAGCUGGAUCUUUCCUCACUGAGAUCCCAAGGAAAGAGGGAUCAGAUCGCCUUCUUUGACAAGGAGUGUUCCAAGGUUGCAGAUCAUAUAUACCUUGGUGGAGAUUACGUGGCUAGGAACCGUGAAAUCCUCCGGCAGCAUGGGAUCACCCAUGUCCUAAAUUGCGUUGGCUUUGUCUGCCCGGAGUAUUUCAAGUCGGAUCUUGUUUACAAGACCCUUUGGUUGCAAGAUAGCCCGACAGAGGAUAUCACGAGCAUCUUGUAUGAUGUGUUUGAUUACUUUGAGGAUGUUCGACAGCAGGGGGGGAGAGUGUUUGUCCACUGCUGCCAGGGCGUUUCGCGGUCCACCUCGCUGGUUAUAGCUUACCUGAUGUGGAGGGAAGGGCAGAGCUUUGAUGAUGCCUUUCAGUUUGUAAAGGCAGCAAGAGGGAUUGCCAACCCGAACAUGGGUUUUGCUUGUCAGCUGCUGCAGUGCCAGAAGAGGGUGCAUGCUAUCCCACUGAGCCCCAAUUCAGUGCUGAGGAUGUACCGAAUGGCACCUCACUCACCGUAUGAUUCUUUGCACCUUGUCCCGAAGAUGUUAAAUGAUCCUUCUCCAGCUGCACUAGAUUCGAGGGGCGCAUUCAUAAUUCAUGUCCUCUCAUCAAUUUAUGUGUGGAUUGGUAAGAUUUGUGAGUCCAUUAUGGAGAAGGAUGCAAAAGCUGCAGCGUUUCAGGUUGUAAGGUAUGAACGAGUACAGGGGCCAAUCGUGAUGAUUGAAGAAGGGAAGGAGCUCUUGGACUUUUGGGAGAAGUUCUUGAGUGCUAUACCUUCAGAUGAUGGAACAAAGAUUAAGAAGGUACAAAUUGAGUCAGCAACCAAGACUGGCAUAGGGAAAAGGAGAGUUGAGUCCUAUGAUGUAGAUUUUGAGCUUUUCUACAAGGCUCUUUCUGGAGGUAUCGUGCCACCAUUUUCCUCUUCAGGACAUGAGUAUGAGAUGCACCUUCCGACAAGAGAAAGCAACUGGAGUGUGUUAAGGCGGAAGUUUAUACCUGGAAACAUUAGUCGAGUUUUUUUAGAUACUGCAUCAUCGAAAGAUAUGGAUACCCACUCUGAUAGGUUGCGGUCACUGAAUGCAGAGACAUUGAUUUCCCCUCCAUAUUCAUCUCCCAGCUCUCACUCCUCUGAUUCAAGCACUUGCUCAAAGUCUAGUUUAGACUCACCUUCAGUUUCUCCUUCCGCAUGCUCUACUCCUCUUGUGCUGUCACCUGAAUCACAUGACAUGCCUGACACUUUGCUGUCAUCAACUGGGCCUUCCCCACAAAUUCUGAGCACCAUCAAAUCAUCAAAACCAUCUUUCAGAGCAAUAUGUUCCUCUAAACAUCUAGCACAGUCUAUUGCUGAAAGAAGGGGAGGCUUUUCACCCUUGAAACUGCCAACACUCUGCAAAGGUCCUUCACUAAUAUCCAAGAAGGUGUUAAAUACAUCUUCUGCUUGUGAUAGUACACAAGAAGUCAUAGAUAAAAGUAAUAUUAGUGAAACCACAGGCAAUGAUGCUAUAGGCUGUACAAGUAGUGUAAGACUAGAGUCAGAUGUCAAAUGCUUAGGUGAAUCUACAAUUAGUAGUUCCGAAAACUAUGCAGACAAUAAGGGAAAUCAUCGGCAACAAGAUGAUCAAUUUUUACAAGGCUCAUCUAGACUUGUUGAUAUUAGAUCAGAGAACGCAAGUCCAAAACUGCCACUAGUGUACCGCUGGCCUAGUAUGGAAAAGCUAGCAACAUUUUCUACAGAGGGUCUCGAUUCAAAAGCAGUGUUUCUUUUUUUGAUUCCUAGUACCAGAAGUGGAGACACAGGUAGUAGUGUUCAUUUGUGGAUAGGGAGUGAAUUUGAACAGGCAAAUGGGCAAACUCAACUAAGAAGCAGUAGGGACAAUCUUAUUGUUUCAAUUGAUUGGCACCAAGUUGGACGUGAUUUUCUUAGUUCAGUUGGUCUGCCAAAGGAUCUCCCAAUUAAGGUUGUGAAAGAAGAAGAGACAGUGAGGCUGUUGGAACUUCUGAACUCUACUUAAGGUUGUCUCUGCCACAAAAUGUUUUAGCGCCUAACAACUCAGUCAUGCUCUGGUACUUUUCCUGGCAAUUUCACACAAUGGAGUUUCUUAUAGCAUUUUGCUUGGAUGGUAUUGCUCCGGAAGCUAUCAAUUAGAUUGCCAGAAAGUUGUCUAUCCAGACUAGGGAUUUGGCAAGCAUGGACACACGUUAUGGUCCCCAGUAAACUCAAGCAGUAUGGCAAAAGAAAAAGCAAAAGAGCGAAAUCUGAUUAUUAGGACCCAUUGUGCAGGUCGUACUGAAUUAGUCAUCCUAAGGAAUCAACUUUGUCUUUUGUAACUUUUACUAAUGUCUUUCUACUGGAGUUGAGAGAAGGGGCCUUCAUUGUGCUCCUUAGCCAAUGAAAAGUUACGAAAUGAAACGGUGCUCGAACUUUUAGUAUCAUCCCCGAAGAUGAAGAUUCUCAACAUUUCAUAUGACCAUAUUGUGCCCUUGCUGUUGUCUAGCAUUCUAUUAGUUCUUUUAAGGUUUAUUAGCAGUCUCACAAGAUCUUGCCAGUGAAUUUAAGGAACUGUUAGAAAGUUUUUCUGCUGCAAUUUUGGCCAUAGUCGAACUUUCGUUGACAAGGCUUCAAUAUGUUGCUUCUUUGGCAUUAA